AUGGACCCAAUGCCUGUUCCUGAUAUUUUCCCUUCACUCUCAGAUGUUGAACAGAUGCAGGGUUAGCACCAACAGUGCAUGUACACUUGCUUAAGCAUAGAGAUAUCACUUCAAAUAGCCACUGCAUGUCUACAAGCAAGGUGGAUGGCAUACAUGUGAGCAGACAAGGAAAAGCUGAUACCCAUAAGGACUUCAGGGUAAAAAGAUACAUUCUGCGUUGAAGGAGACAUUCAUGGGCUAAAGAACAGAAAUCCGGCCUUCGAGUAUGAUGACGUUGUUAUUGAUGGCGCUCACAUAGGAAGUUUAUCAGACAAUGCUGAGUUACCAAAUUUGAUAAUGCAACUGCAUCAAAACCAGUUGACAAUAAACUCGGGUAAACAAUACUGACGGCAAGGAUGGAUAAUGAAAGUGUUGUCAAGAUCGCUGUAACAUCGAUCAUAAUUCUGUCUGAAGCCACCAAGCGAGCUACGAUUUUGCAAGUAAUAAAUUCUAGACAUUCUUAGCUUUUUGACCGUAAAUCAACAGAAUCAAGAAACCAAUACUGGCUGGGGCACCUAGACAAUACUUUCAGUCACCCGAGGCCAAGUCUUGCACCGUUAGAUCUAGAGCACAGCCUUGAGUCUUCAUCCUCCUCUACGCUGUAAGCUUAGCUUUUCCUUCUUUGCUGAUGCAGUAUCUUUUUUCUCCCUGUGCAAUCCAACCUGACUUGCACUUGAUUAGAAGUUGCAGCCAAUAAACAUCACACAAUUUUUCGGGACGGGCACGGGAUACGGGAAAGUUAAAAAAACGAGGCAAUUUUUUACUCCCAAGACAACAAAAGGAAUGCGGUCCCGAAUUUAAGACGCUGGCUGACUAUGUCAUUCCGCGUAAAAAGUUCUGGGCGUGUAAGAAGGUAUGGCAUUUUCAAAUGAAAUGAGAAGCUCUGGGUGUUGGUCAAUGGUCACAUUUUUGCAAACAGUGAUCAAGUUGGUGGAUCGACUUCGACCCCCACGAAUCCAACAUUUUCGAUCUCACUGGCGAUUUGCAUAGAGGCCGUUUGAGUUUGUUUUGCUGACCUCCUCCAGACAGAUCUGGAUAAAGUAAAGGAAUCCUGGAACAGUCACUGGAUCAGAACGUCCAGGAAUGCCACAGUAUCCAGUAUCCUGGAUAUGAUGUACUUCCUACCUAAGGAGUUUGGACAGAAUAACUGCUUGAUUCCAGUGUCCUCAAACAAGCUCAUAGAUAUGGAGAUAUAUAUAUAUUGGUCAAGAGAAAACUGA